AUGGGUUGCUGUUCUUCUUCAUAUUCAUCCAUUAAAAAAUUUGACGGAAACGAUAUAACGGAGGAUAUUUGGUUUGAAAUCUUUCUUCAUCUUUAUCAUUAUGAAAUCUUCAAAUUCAGGUGCGUUUCAAAGUUAUGGUUUUCAAUACUCUCAAACCCUAAUUUCAUGAACAAGUGGUAUAAACACAACAAUGUAUCACUCCCAUGGGUAUUGGUUAGUUAUGCUGAUAAAUUGGAUAACAAAUUGAGAAGAUUUUUAGCGAUUGCAUAUAGUGAUCCACAAUUUAUAUCUAGAGAUCGAACUGAUUUUUUGUUUCACUUUGGAAGUCAACAUUCCUCAUAUUGGAAUGACCAGUUAUUCAUCAUAGGUUCAAGCUGUGGUUUAGUUCUGUGGACAAAAAACAUUUAUAACAAGAUUACUUAUUAUGUUUGUGAACCAAUCACAAAACAAUGGAUAUCACUUCCUCCGCCACCACAAAGAGAAAAUAAUUGCUCAGUGACUGGUAUCAUAUGUGAUGAAUGUUUUUCAUCUUCACCACAUUCUAGGAGUUAUAAGGUCAUCCGUAUACCAAAGUUUGCAGCAGCAAAAGAAUUUAAAGUUGAAGUGUUUUGUUCUGAAUUGGGUGAAUGGAAUAUGUAUGAUGUUUCAUGUCCUGAAUAUGUUACUUGGGAUAACUCCCUUUAUGGCAAUCACUUCACCCAUAAUGGUGUUCUCUACUGGUUUCAACAGCGAAACCGCAAUAUUUUAGCUGUGUGUGUUAAUGGGAACACCAACCAUGGAACCCAUGGCAAUGACUGCAUGUUAAUUAAUAUGCCUGACAGAGCAGUGGAUGGUGAUAUCAACUAUUUCAGUGAAUGUCUUGUGCAGUCGGAAGGAUUGAUCUGUUUCGCUAGGUUCAAGGUAACGGAGAGGAGUUUGAGUGUCUGGGUGCUUGAUGGAGGCUGGUAUAUGUUGCACAAGGAUAUUAGAAUUCAAGAUCGGUUAGAAGGAGAAAAUGGGUUUAAUUUGAUUACAGAAAUUGAGGUUGUAGGUAUGAGUCCAGUUGACAAAAAUGUGGUUAUACUUGGUUCCGAGAAGUACAUUUGGGCAUAUAACACUAAGACCAGGGUAUAUGAACAAGAAUGUCAUCCUGGUAAGAGUAAGAAGACUACCUUAGCAACUUCUAUAAAACAAAUGCGACAAUACUUCCGCGACCUUAUUGGAGUGAACUACUAUCUUAUGGAUAUUGAAAUAUGA